CUCUUCCAGGGUGAACAAGGUCUGCUGGGGGCUCCAGGACAAGCGGGACCACCCGGUCCCCUGGGUCCCGUGGGAUUGCCUGGCCUCAAGGGAGACCCCGGCCACAAGGGAGAUAAGGGCCACGCUGGACUGAUUGGGCUCAUUGGACCGCCAGGAGAGAUGGGGGAGAAAGGAGACCAGGGGCUCCCGGGCAUCCAGGGCCCCCCGGGACCCAAAGGAGACCCUGGUCUGGCUGGACCCACCGGCCCCACAGGGCCCCCCGGCCCCCCCGGGCUCUCGGGACCCUUGGGCCAGAAGGGCUCCAAAGGCUCACCGGGUGCUCUGGGUCCCCGAGGUGAUACAGGGCCCCCCGGUCCUCCAGGACCACCG